AUGGCGCGUGGAGACGGCCAAGAGCUCGGCAUCACCGUCCCUGUCGAGGAUCCCAAAAAGACAGAACAGGAAAAGGCAAAAGAGAAGCAGCGCGAAGAAGCCGCCCGCAAGGGUCUUCCGCCUUUCAGCGAAAAGAAAGCGAAUGGCAAGGAAAAGCCGGAAGAUGAACUGAGCGAAGACGAUUUGCAGCUCAAGAAUGAGCUUGAAAUGCUCGUAGAGCGUCUCAAAGAGGACGACUCUUCCCUCUAUCGCCCAGCGCUUGAAUCGCUCCGGACGCUGAUUCGAACCAGUACCUCGUCCAUGACCUCGGUUCCAAAACCUCUCAAGUUUCUCCGUCCCCACUACCCCGAGCUCAAGACUCUCUACGAAUCAUGGAGCCAAGCGAGCGCCGACAAGAGCCUUUUCGCUGAGAUCCUCUCGGUGCUUGCCAUGACAUAUUCAGACAACGGCCAGCGCGAAACGCUCCACUUUCGUCUCAAGGCCAACCAAGUCGCUUCCGAUGGCAAGUCGGAAGACCCCGGUCUCUGGGGUCACGAGUACAUGCGCCAUCUCGCAGCCGAGCUCGGCGAGGAGUACAACGCACGCUCCCAAGACGAAAAGAACACCGACGAGCUUCUCGAGCUUGCCCUUCAAGUCGUCCCCUUCAGUCUCACCCACAAUGCCGAAGCCGAUGCUGUCGACCUCUUGCUCGAGCUCGAGGCUAUUGACAAGCUACCCCAGUUCGUCGACAAGGACACUUACGCACGUGUUUGCCUUUACAUGGUCAGCUGCGUCAACCUCCUCGUGCCACCCGACGAUGCCAUGUUUCUACGUACCGCUCACGAAAUCUACCGCAAGCACGAUCGAUUCGCCGAAGCCAUGACGCUCGCUCUCCGUCUCGGCGACAAGCACCUCGUGCGUUCCGACUUUGAAGCGCCAAAGAACCCCACCAUGCGCAAGCAGCUCGCCUUCAUGCUCGCAAGACAGCACAUCCCCAUCGAGUGGCUCCAAGACGAAGACUCACCCAUCACCGACAAUGAAUUGCUCGACAUUCUUUACAACUCGCAUCUCUCCCGCCACUUUGUCGACUUUGGCAAGGAGCUCAACGUUUUCGAGCCAAAGAGUCUCGAGGACAUCUACAAGACACAUCUCGAAAACUCGCGCACCGGCCUCGGCGGCACGGUCGACUCGGCGCGUGGCAACCUCGCCAGCACCUUUGUCAACGCCUUUGUCAAUGCCGGCUUUGGCAACGAUAAGCUCAUGGUCGACGCACCCGAAGGCAACUCGUGGAUCUACAAAAACAAGGACAGCGGCAUGCUUUCCGCCACCGCUUCACUCGGUAUGAGUCUGCUCUGGAACACCGAGACCGGUCUGGACCAGAUCGACAAGUACUCUUACUCGUCCGAAGAGGCCAUCAAGGCCGGUGCCUUUCUCGCCUAUGGUAUCGUUCACUCUGGUUUGCGUUCCGAGCUCGACGAGGCCAUGGCGCUUCUCUCGGAGCACAUUGAAUCGCAGAGCAUCCCUCUCAAGAUCUCAGCCAUCGUCGGCCUCGGUCUCGCCUACGCUGGCUUCUGCCGUGAGGACAUCGCCGCGCUGCUGCUCCCCAACAUCCAGGACGAGACAACACCCAUGGAGGUUGCCGCCAUGUCGGCGCUUUCGCUCGGCUUCGUGUUUGCAGGCAGCUGUCACGGUGAGAUUACGCCAACGAUUCUGCAGAGUAUGAUGGAGCGCGACCCGGCUCAGCUGGACGACAAGUGGGCGCGUUUCAUGAUUUUGGGUCUCGCGCUCCUAUUCCUCGGCAAGCAGGACGAGAGCGAUGCCACCAUCGAGACGCUCAAGGCGAUCGAGCACCCCAUCAGCAAGCAGGCGCAAGUCCUUGUUGACAUGUGCUCUUACGCCGGCACGGGUAACGUGCUCAAGGUGCAAAACAUGCUCCACUACUGCACCGAGCGUUCAGCACCCGAGACAAGCGACGAGACAGAGGGAGACAAUACCAAUGCCGAGACAGAGAAUGCCGAGUCAUCUCAAGACAAGGACGACCAGGAGGACAAGGAGACCAACGACCUUUUCCAGGCGUUUGCCGUGAUCGGCAUCGCGUUGGUCACCAUGGGAGAAGAGGUGGGUGCCGAGAUGGCCACGCGCCAUCUGUCGCACCUUAUGCACUACGGUGAGGCAACGACUCGUCGUGCAGUGCCGCUCGCGUUGGCGCUGCUGCAUCCUUCGAACCCAUCGAUGCCCGUGUUGGAUACGCUGUCCAAGUAUUCGCACGACUCGGAUCUGGAUGUGGCCAUCAACGCGAUCCUCGCUAUGGGCCUCGUCGGUGCCGGCUCCAACAAUGCACGUCUGGCGCAGAUGCUGAGGCAAUUGGCUGGCUACUACUACAAGGAACCUGACUGUCUGUUUAUGGUGCGCGUUUCGCAAGGUCUUGUGCACAUGGGUAAAGGCACGAUCGGUAUCAACCCGUACCACACGGACCGACAGCUCAUGUCACGCAACGCGGUGGCGGGUAUUCUGGCUCUGCUCACCUCUAUGACGGAUGCACGUGGCUUUGUGCUGGAUCAGUCGCACUGGAUGUUGUACUUUCUCAGCUCGGCCAUGUACCCGAGAUUCCUGAUCACGCUCGAUGAGAACCUCGAGGCGCUGCCAACGAGCGUUCGUGUGGGUAAGGCGGUGGACGUGGUUGGACAGGCAGGCAAGCCGAGAACCAUCAGCGGGUUCCAAACUCACACCACGCCGGUCCGUGUCGGCACGUUUGAAAGGGCAGAAUUGGGUACCGAAGAGUACCUAAGCUACGCGCACGUUCUCGAAGGUUUCAGCAUCUUGCUCAAGAAUCCAGGUUACGUCAAGGAGGAAGAUUUGUGA